AUGGCUGUUCGUGCACAAUUUGAAAAUAGUAAUGAACUUGGAGUUUUCUCUCGUUUGACUAAUUCUUAUUGUUUGGUCGCGAUCGGAGGUUCCGAAAACUUUUAUAGCGUAUUCGAAAGUGAAUUGGGUGAUGUAAUUCCGGUAGUUCAUGCUUCGAUUGCUGGUACUCGAAUCGUUGGUCGUUUAUCAGCAGGCAAUCGUAAAGGAUUAUUAGUUCCAAGCACUACAACAGAUCAAGAACUUCAACAUUUACGUAAUUCUUUACCUGAUUCCGUAAAAAUUCAACGUAUUGAAGAACGUCUUUCAGCAUUGGGAAAUGUAAUCGCGUGUAAUGAUUACGUUGCGUUAGUGCAUCCUGAUAUUGAUCGAGAAACUCAAGAGAUUAUUCGUGAUGUAUUGGAAGUUGAAGUUUUUACCCAGACUAUCGCUGGAAACGUUCUUGUAGGGAGUUAUUGUGCAAUAAGUAAUCAAGGCGGAUUGGUUCACCCACGUACGACGGUUCAAGAUCAGGAUGAAUUAUCAUCGUUAUUACAAAUUCCACUUGUGGCAGGAACAAUAAAUCGAGGAUCGGACGUGAUCGGAGCAGGUAUUGUAGUAAAUGAUUGGACUGCAUUCGCUGGUCUAGAUAGUACUUCAACAGAAUUAUCAGUGGUAGAAAGUAUUUUCAAGUUACAUGAUGCUCAACCAACAGCUAUAGUCAAACAAAUGAGAGAUUCACUGGUAGAUACUUAUAGUUAA